AUGCACCCGCGAUUGUCGGGGCAGGGCGUGUUUCCUCGCUAUGGUGGCGGGUGGAUGCAUCAGUUCGGUCACGUGUACGCCCUUCAGCAGGAGCUGCUCAACGCUGAAGCAAACAACUGGUUCCGUGCGAUGGAGUUGUGGCACACCGCUCGACACGAAGGGGUGGCAAUGAAUGUCUCCCACUACACAAACAUCCUUCGCCAGUGUGUGCCUCCGACUGCAUGGGAGGCCUCAUUGAUGGUAUUGAAGCAAAUGAGGCGGGAGAACAUCCGACCAGAUGUCGUUGGUGUCGGUUGCGCUCUUGCAGCCUGUGCUGACGCCAACCGCAGUGAGGAAGUGGAGAAAGUGUUUAGUUGCUUUAGCGGCAAGCUAAAGUUGGAUAGUAUUUGUUACCUUGCGCUCAUUAAAGCCAAGAUGUCCCGUGGAGGGUACGCUGAGGCUCUGGCUGUUGGAAGAGAACAAGACGCUGAUGGGGUGCCUUUUCUUCCACACACGUAUACGCACUUACUCGAAGCGGCGGAGGUGGCUGACGAUGGUGAGAUGGCAUUGGAAUUGGCGAGGCGGAUGAGCAGCGAGCAGUGGCCGGUGUCCGAUCGGGGACGGGAGGCACUCAAAAAAUUGAGCACCAGACACCAUUGGGAGGAAGUGGCGGAGUACAAACAGUUUGUGGCAGUUGAGGAUCAUAAGUUAUCGCUGCCCCCCACUUUACCUCGUGGUUGA